AUACGAUCAUUGAGUACCCCGAAUUCUUAUUAUUAAAAAAUUUCAAUAAAAUUUUUGUCUUUUAGCAAAUUAAAGUGCCUUUUUUAAAAAAUAGUCGUAAAUCCUUUACAAUAAAUAAAAAAAGUAGUCAGUGUUAUGAAUUUUAUACUGAUGUUGUUCCAGGUGGAUUAAAUUAUAAGAAUUAAUUUUUAAAGAUUUUAGUGAAAGGCAAGGAAAGAAAGAAAGAAACAAAAAAUACUUAAAUAAAAAAGCGCGAAAUCUUCUAUUUUUAAAUCUGGACAUAAGAUUGCCGUAAGACAACAAAAACAGACGAAAAGAAUUAUUGCAGAAAUAAAAAGUAAGAGGAAUUUCCCUGACGACAGUUUACGUUGUUUUCGCCUUCAAUCGAACUCGAUACGAAAGGAUGGCUGAGCAUGGAUCAAACGCCGAAAUCAACUGAUCAAAGGCGAACAGAUCAAAAUAACAAUAACAAGGAAAUAUCGAAUGUGAACUUGUGUUCAUGCACCAAUAUAAGUAUCAUGCAAUUAUUCCAUGAAAUGAAACAAGAAUUUCCAAAACUUCCCGACCACACAAUUCAUCAACACGUCACGGACAAUUGUCAUAAUCGGCGUGCUUGUAUUGAUCAAUUGCACAAAGCUCUAAUCACAACGAUACCAACAACAACAAUGUAUCCAUCAAAGUCGAUUCAUAGCAAUCAGCAAAUACCGCGAAGUCCCGUCGCAGGAACGAAAUGGGCGAAUAAUCAGAAAAUGAAGGAGAUAAGUGAAAUGUUUGAGAAUUCAUCAUCAGAAGCUUCAUCAUCGAGUGAUGGGAAAUUGAAAAGGCCGACAACAUUGAGAUUAAGACGUGCACCAGAUCCGCCUAAUUCAGCAUCAGCUUCCAACUCAUCGACUCCCACCUCAACGUCGAAAUUGACAUCAAGCACAUCAACGUCAUCGCUUGUUGCGUCGACAACUUCCUCUGUGUCAAGUAUGUCGUCAGCAUCAGCAACAAAUUAUCCAAAUAGUCAAAAUGCUGACUCUUUCUCUAAUAAUCAUCAUGUCGCAUUAGAUUCGUCAGCAUCGAAAUACAAUGAUUCGUUGAAUGUUCAACUCAAUGUGACGGUUUCACCAAUUUCAUCGACAGCACCAACAAUACCGCCAAGACCACCUACAAGACCUGCUAGACACAUUAGUCAAUUGAAAGUUCAACCUGAACCAGCUUUUACCAGCAUUUUAGAGCCAAAGAAAUCGCCAAAUGGUGGUGCAAGUAUUGCGACUGGAACAGCUGGUCAAAGAAGCUACACAAGCGUCAAUUUCACUCUUCGUCAACCAACAUCGAUUCUCCCAUCAGCUCAAAGUCCAAUCGAAAUUCAAGCGGGCCCAUCGAGUCUCACUUAUUCUAGCAGUUCAUUUGAUGCACGACAAGGUUAUCAAAGUCAUUUGAAGAUAACAGUCGCAGGAAAUGGCGAAAGUUGUGUACAAGCUGUACGAACCAAACAACCGUCAUCGUUGAAUUCUACACUACCGGAAGUCGAUCAAAUCGACACAACGAUAAGCAUAGGAGGAAAAAAUGAGAUGAAUGACAGUGAACCCAUCAAAAUUACGACAAAUAAUAAACAAAUACUGCCGCCCACUCAUCAUCGAAUGACUGAAAAUGAAUUGCAUCAAAUGAUUGAGAAGCAAAUUAAACAAAAGGAACUUUUAGAAUGCGAACUGACGAAAGAACGUGAAAAGCUUAAAAUAGUGCAAUUUGAUAUAAUCACACUGACGUCACCAAUGAUGACACAAAGUGAGUUGCAACAAUUAUGUGAUGAAAUUUCUCGGUUGCGGUCAGCUUGUAAUGGAAUAGCAGAUGAGAUUGAUGUUGUUACAGCUCCACCACCUUCGCCAGCGGUGUCAUUGUCACCAUCACGACCUCAACGACCACCUCCGCCUAUACCAGCAGCACUUCGUUGUCUUUCACUCCAUCAAUCACCUUUUCAUUCGCAAAUUCAACCUUUCGAAUCACCGAGAAUUCAUUAUCCCGCUCAACCGCCCAGUUACACUGACGUUUUGCGAGAAAUGGGCCGCACACCUGGUGUCACCGCCAACAACAACAGUAACAGCUUACCAAACUUUGUUGAAGACGUUAAUGAAGGCGAAUGGUCGUGCUCGAUGUGCACAUUCCUGAAUUAUCCGCUUUUGAAUAAUUGUGAACAGUGCGACAUGCCUCGAGUUCAGGGUAUAAGAAUCACAUCCAGCAGUUAUCGUCCUUUACGACAAAAUAACAAUUUGCAGGGUGCGAGUGUCGCUACUAACCAUGAUAAUGCGAAUGUUGUGCAAGCAACAGUGCUUUAAAUUUCAUAAUUAUUCGCUUUCAAUCAGAGACUGGUACUAGAACUGAAAGGAAUUUAAGUGAAGCAAUUUAACUUAAAUUCUCUUUUUUUUCUUAAUUAUUAAACAAACAGUAGUGCUGAGCUUAAUUUUUGAUAGCUUUAUAAUCAAAUGAAAUUACUGCUGUAAUAUUUUAAUCCAGAAAAGAUGAUAAACAGAAAGUUUGAAUUAGUUCCAGUGUCUGUCUUGGAUCGUAAAACUUUCCAGCAAACUUCAAUCUUUAAUUCAAUAAUUAAAUAUCCGUAAAUUGUUUCAGUUUAUGGAGAUUCGUCUGCAUCUUUAACGAACGAUUAGUGAAUAUUAACAAAACAUUUUAUGAUUGUGAUUUUAUUAAAUAUUUACCAUUGCAUGGUUUUGUGAACGAACCUAAUAAGACAAUAAACCUUAAAAUUUAUCUUUAGAGUUGUUUUUGAUAUCAAACGAAUUCUUUUUAUUCUUCUUUUUAUCGUCAGCAGCAUUCCAGUCUGAAGAUAUUCUUCUGCUCCUAUCCACAAAACAGAACAAGUUUGUUCACAGUUGGAUCCUUUAAGAAUGGACUGCAAAUGAAUUAAAGAAUGGAAAUCCAUCCAAUUUUUAUACACAAAUACAGACUUAAUGGAAAACAUAAAAUUUCGCUUAAUAUUAAAAGAAUGAGGAAAUAUACUUUAAAAAAUUGUUAUUUAUUACUAAUAUCUAUCGAGAAAAAAAGAAAUGAAUUUAAGUGAAAAUGUAUUUACAUUAAUUCAGGCAUUACACAUUAACUUGAGGGUUUUUUUUUUCAUUUCAAAUCAGAAAUAAAUAUGAACCGAAAAAUUGAUAGCUUUGCUUUUGAAUGACCUUCGAAUCCAGUUUAGAUGGCGGUUCCUCGCUCCAAAGCUUGUUUGAUUUCGGUCGUGUAUGGAUCGUAAUACAUUGCAAGUUUCUUGUUGAGUCGACGAUUCUUCUCGUUGAUGUAGUCAAUAUCAGCUUCAUCGUUAUGCAUACGACGACGUGAGAACUUCUUACGCUUCUCAAUUUGCUGAUCCAGGUCCUUCACCAUGUUGUUAACAGCUGCUUUGGAAUCUUUAUGAACUCCUUCAAGAAUUGGAUUCGAGCUGUAAUAAUUGUCGCCAAUCAUUUCCUUCUGCUCGUUGUAUCUUUGUAAAUCUUUUGCUGGCAUAGCUUUCACGAGACGUUGAUAUUGUCUUGCAGUUUGUGUUUCAUAGUCAGCGAAUCCUUGGUCACCAAUUUUU